ACCCGUGCACACCCCUAUAGCUAGCGACCUUGCUUAUUGUUCCGGCCUUGCUUUGGGAAAUAUAAUAUAAUGUUAGUAGUUGCUUCUCCCUCUCCUCUUCUCCGUUCUCGCUCUCUCGAGUGAGCUAGUAGGUAGCUACUGUGUCAGCGUAGUCCUCCCUAGCUAGCUAGCUCGCUCUCCACUUCUCUGCUCUGCUCAAAAGCACCGCUCCCAAAGCAAAUUAGGAAGAAGAAGAAGCAGCAGCAGCAGCAGCAGCUGAUCUUCAUAUCAUCAAAUCCAACAACAACAACAACAAGAAUCAGCCAUCAUGUCGAUCAAGUACUGCGACCAGCACAAGGACUGCGAGCGUCAGCGCCUGUACCGUCGCUUCUGCGCCGGCCUCGCCGCCCUCAUCCUGCUGGCCCUCCUCAUCGUGCUCAUCGUCUGGCUGGUGCUCCGCCCCAGCAAGCCCCGCUUCUACCUCAACAACGUCGACAUCGUCUGCAUCAACGUCAGCGCCUCCUCCGCCCUCACCGUCACCAUGCAGGCCACCGUGGCGGCGCGCAACCCCAACCCCCGCGUCGGCAUCUUCUACGACCGCGCCGACGUCUACGCCGAGUACCGGGGCCUCCAGGUCACCGUCGCCACCGCGCUGCCGCCCAUGUUCCAGGGCCGCGACGACGCCACCGUCUGGGCGCCCUUCCUCUCCGGCGCCGGCGUCCCGCUGCCGCCGUACCUGGCCACCGCGCUGGCGCAGGACGAGACGGCGGGGUACCUGCUCGUCACCGUCCGCGUCGACGGGUGGAUCCGGUGGAAGGCCGGGGCCUUCAUCACCAGCCACUACCACCUCAGGGUCCGCUGCCCGGCGCUGCUCACCGUCAACGACGGGCAGGGGAGCUACGGAUCCAACGCCGGAGGGGGGGCCGGAUACUUCAAGUUCAACCGCGCGGCGCCAUGCAUCGUCGACGUCUAGCUACCUACCUGCCUGCCUAGCUACCUCAUGAAUUUUAUUUCCUUCGUCUCUACUGGUAUUUCAAUAAUACAUAUAUGAUACAAUCCCUUACCGUACGUAAGGGGGGCUCUCUGCUGUUACUGUCAUCGUCAUCCCUAAUUACUUCACAAGUAAUAGUUGUUCAUGUCAUCCUUAUUAAUUAGCUUCUUCAUUCGUCAAUAUAAUGCAAGAUGGAUCAUGCUGCA